AUGGAGUGGGCUAAGGGGUCCUAUCGCGAAGGCCUGAUGCGCGGGCGGGGUGAGCUUCGCAACGCGAGGUCCAUUCUUAUCAUGGACAACUUGCACGCGCAGACGACGGACGAGUUCAAGGAGUAUCUUGCGAAGGAGUGCAACACUCUCGCCUGGUAUGGCCCUUCGGAGUGCACGGACGAGGUGCAGCCAGUUGAUGCAGGAGCUGGACGAUUUAUCAAGGUGGAAGCUGGGAGGCAGAUGGACAUAUGGCUCGAGCAGUCAGACAACCUCGAGAGGUGGGAAACCGCGGCGCUGACAGCUUCUGGUCGGCGGGCGUUCCGAUUCCGCCUUUUCGAAAAGUGCGGGAUGGCCAUGACUGUGGACGGCUCAGGCGAUGAUCGGAUCACCUUGGAGGGCCCGUCUCAAACCCAGACCGACGAGCUAGCUCUUCUCGACGACGACGACAGCAUGGACCCACAAGACCCGGAGGGCGAGACACAAGGAAUGGAGAUCCCGACAGGCUUUCGCAUUCAAGAAGUUAAACCCGUUGCUCUUGACAGGUUGCUUUAGCGACGUGGAGUGCUCGUUAGGCUGGGGAUGGGGUGGUUUGGAGGGUUGAUCAUUCAGCAAUCUCAGCAGGACACUCGCCACUUGCACGAGUACUGUGUGCAGCUGGAG